UCUUAAAAAAAUAGAACAAAAGAAAACCCACUUUGUAUUCCUUUACGCUUUCCUCGAAGGAUCUCUUCUUUUCUUUUUUGGGGUAUUCUCCUGGAAGAGUUUCAACGAGAACCCAAUUGGGUUUUGAUGAUCCUUCGUCAAACCCUUUUGGAGUUGACGUUGCUUUGUCCGAUUUUUGACUUUGAAUUUGCGUACAAUCAACUAUAAUUGUGUUCAUUGCGUAUCUGUAAUAUAUUUCUCGUGAUUUCUUCCCCGACUAUUCGAAGGCGCUCGGAUUUCGUUAAAUCUUGUAUAUUUAUUGCUUUUAGAUACAUAUAUUCACUCUUUCCUUCUGGUAGAUUCUUCUUUGGCGUGAAAGCAACAAAGGGUGUUUCUGUUCUUUUUCUACCUUCUUAGUUCUUACGUCCGUGAAUAUAUUAUCUAAAAGAGAGAGAGAAAGAGAAUAUAUUUUCCUUUUGAGAGCGGAAUUGUGGCUUUUCCGGCUUUUUGGUGUCUAUCUGAUCUGGGUCUCUGCUGCUUCCGCCGUUCUUGCUGGUUAUUGAUCAUUUAUUAGAGGUAGAAAGUUGAUUGAUUAUGAGCUGAUAACAAAACACAUUAUGGGUUGGCUUAGCAAAAUUUUUAAAGGAUCUAGCCACAGUGUUUCAGAAGGUCAUUAUCGUGGGAAUUACAGAGAAGAACCUGAUUUAUGCGCACCUUCUACUUCAGGGGAAGGGUGGUCAGAUCAGGAGAAUGAAGAUGUUGAUCAUGCUAUUGCACUAUCCCUUUUAGAAGAGAAUCAUAAAACAAAAAAUGUUACAGAUCAGCAUUCUCAACUGGAAGAAGAUGAACUACUUGCUCGAGCUAUACAAGAAAGCUUGAACAUUGAAUCUCCUCCUGGGCGUGGAAAUGGAAAUAUGUAUCCUGGUCAUGGGAAUGGGAACAUGUAUCCCCGUCAUGCAAGUGGAAAUAUGUAUCAGCCUACCCAAUUCCACUUUCCAAUGGGAUUCAGGAUUUGUGCUGGCUGCAAUACUGAAAUUGGUCAUGGACGGUUUCUGAAUUGUCUCAAUGCGUUUUGGCAUCCAGAGUGCUUCAGAUGUCAUGCUUGCAACCUACCAAUUUCUGAUUAUGAGUUCUCUAUGUCUGGAAAUUUUCCUUACCAUAAAAAUUGCUACAAGGAACAUUACCAUCCAAAAUGUGAUGUUUGCAACCACUUUAUCCCAACGAACCCUGCUGGUCUUAUUGAAUAUAGGGCACAUCCUUUUUGGAUUCAGAAAUACUGCCCUUCUCAUGAACAUGAUGGCACUCCUCGGUGUUGCAGCUGUGAGCGUAUGGAGCCAAGAGAUACAGCAUAUGUUGCCGUUAAUGAUGGUCGGAAACUCUGCUUAGAAUGUCUGGACUCUGCAGUAAUGGAUACCAAUGCAUGUCAGCCACUUUAUCUUGACAUACAAAAAUUUUAUGAAGCUUUAAAUAUGAAAGUGGAGCAGCAUGUUCCACUACUUUUGGUUGAAAGGCAAGCUCUUAAUGAAGCCAGAGAGGGAGAAAAGAAUGGCCAUCAUCAUAUGCCAGAAACUAGAGGUCUCUGCCUUUCUGAAGAACAAACUGUCAGCACUGUAAGGCGGCCAAGGUUUGGUUUAGGAAAUCGAUCUGGGAAUAUGAUAACAGAACCCUACAAACUAACACGUAGCUGCGAGGUGACUGCAAUUCUGAUUUUGUAUGGACUUCCAAGGUUGUUGACUGGGUCAAUCCUAGCUCAUGAGAUGAUGCAUGCGUGGAUGCGUCUUGCAGGUUUCCGAACGCUGAGUCAAGAUGUUGAAGAAGGUAUCUGUCAGGUCCUAGCUCAUAUUUGGCUAGAAUCCCAGCUUAGCAAUGGCGCAUCAUCCUCAUCCUCAUCCUCAUCCUCCUCUGCUUCAAGGGCUUCAAAAAAGGUUGCAAGAUCUAAAUUUGAGAAGAAGCUUGGAGAGUUUUUCAAGCAUCAGAUUGAAUCAGAUGCUUCACCCGUGUAUGGAGAUGGAUUUAGAGCUGGUCGGCAAGCAGUGCAGAAAUACGGUCUUCAAACAACCCUCGAUCACAUUCGAAUGACAGGAAGGUUUCCUUAUUGAAGUCCUUAGCUGUAUGAUUCUAUUCUUUACAGGCUCUGUUUUCAUUGUACAAUUAGAUCUUUGUUUUCAUUAUACAAACUUGGCCUGAUCCCCAUAAGAGCCUGGGCAAAACCACACAGGAAUUAGUUUCAUUGAGUAGAUAACAAUUUUUAUAAUGGUAGUGCCAUUGGAUAUUGUUUUUGUUGAAUUAAAUAAUGGUUAAAUUUUUUUAUUUUUUCUA